AUGCUUCAUUACGAUUUGUUAUGUGAGUUAAAAUCCCUUGAAGAUAUAGAUACUUAAAUAUUCAAUUUGAUAAUUGAAAUGCUCAUAAAGGAAAGAGUUUCAGAUUCUCUAAAAUUUCUUUCAAAAUAUUCUUCUCAGCUUCAUAAUGAUGAAUAAUUUUUUUUAGUUGACGGUUUAGAGCCUUUUCAAAAGUGGUGGAAACUAGAUGCACUUAAAAGUAACAUUAAGAAAAUUACAAAUAUUCUCCAAUAUAUUGCUGAGCAUGACUUUAAUAAAAGUAAUUAUUCAUCGAUAGUUUAUAAAUCAAUGAAAAAUAUUCUCAUUAAAAAGAUAUCAAAGAAAGAGAAGAUCAUCAAGUUUUUUUAAUUUCUAGUAAACCUCACAAGUAUAGAUGAUAAAUUCAUUUAAGGUGGAUCAAAUUCUCUUCAUUUAUUAGUUGAAAUGAAGGUUGAUUUGAAGCAACAAUCUUUUGAAAAUAUUAGGAUUAGAAAUACUUCUUUAAAAGGAGCAAAUUUAGUAAGAUGUGACUUAAGCGGAUCUGAAUUUGAUAACGUUAUUAUUAGUGGAACAAACUUAAGUUCUGCAAAAUUAUUUAAUUGUAAAUGGAUAAAUUUAAGGAUUAAUGAGGAAAUUAAGAUAAAUUGUAAUAAUUUUAACGUCAAAUCAUUUUGCUUUACUCCAAAUAGUAAAUCAUUAAUUUAUUGCAGCUCUUUUAAUAAGCCCAUUCGAUUAAUGGAUAUUAGAACAGGAAAAAUAAACACUUUAAUAACUAGAAAAAAGAAAAUAUAAUCUAUAUUUAAUUCUCUUAAUGGCACUGUAGUAGCUUCUUACGGAGAUAAUUUCAUAUAUUUAUGGAGUCUUAGAACAGGAAAAUAUAUCAGAAAAUUAACUGCCCAUGAAUCUAAUUUAAAAGAAAGGUGUUUCUCUUCUGAUGGUAGUACAUUAGCAUCUGUUAGUGGAUAAUUGUUUGAUAAUAACUCUAUUCAAAUAUGGGAAGUGAAGACGGGAUUAUAAAAAUUCAUAUUAUAAGGUCUUGAUGUUUGUUCUAUAUGUUUAUCUCCUGAUGGUUCUACAUUAGCAUCUAGUAGUUAUGAUAACCCUAUCUGUUUAUGGGAUGUUAAGACAGGAUAAUAAAAGGCAAAAUUAUAUGGUCAUUCAAGAGCAGUUUAUUCAAUUUGUUACUCUCCUGAUGGUACUACAUUAGCAUCUGGUAGUGCAGAUAACUCUAUCCGUUUAUGGGAUGUUAAGACAGAAUAAUAAAAAGCCAAAUUGGAUGGUCAUUCAAAUGUAGUUACUUCAAUUUGUUACUCUCCUGAUGGUACUACAUUAGCAUCUGGUAGUGAUGAUAAGUCAAUCCGUUUAUGGGAUGUUAAGACAGGAGAGAAAAAAGCAUAAUGGGAUGGCUUUGAUCAAUCAAUCAGUUUUUCUCCUGAUGGAACUACAUUAGCAACUGGUAGUAUCUUUUUAUGGGACGUUAAGACGGUAUAAGAAGAAAACAAAUUAGAUGGUCAUUAAAAUUCAGUUUUCUCAGUCUGCUUCUCUCCUGAUGGCAAUAAAAUAGCAUCUGGUAGCUCAGAUAAAUCCAUCUGUAUAUGGAAUGUUAAAACAGGAGAAUAAAAAACCAAAUUAAUUGGUCAUACUGAUUAUGUUCGAUAAAUCUGCUUCUCUCCUGAUGGUUCUACAUUAGCAUCUUGUAGUGAUGAUAAUUCUAUCCGAUUAUGGGAUAUAAUGACAGGAAAAUAGAAGGCCAAAUUAGAUGGUCAUGCUCAUUUUGUCUAUUCUGUUUGUUUCUCUCCUAGUGGUACUACAUUAGCAUCUGGUAGCUAUGAUAAGUCUAUCUGGUUAUGGGAUGUUAAUACAGGAUAAUAAAAUGCCAAAUUAGAUGGUCAUACUCAUUUUGUUAAUUAAGUCUGUUUCUCUCCUGAUGGAACUACUUUAGCAUCUGGCAGUUCAGAUAAGUCUAUCCUUUUAUGGAAUGCUAAGACAAAAUAAAAAGGAGCUGUACUAAAUGGACAUGAAAGUUCAGUUCUAUCAGUCUGUUUUUCUCCUGAUAGCACUUUAUUAGCAUCUGGUAGUGUAGAUGUGUCUAUCCGUUUAUGGGAGGUUAAGACAGGAUAAUAAAAAGCCAAAUUAGAUGGUCAUUUAGGAACAGUUUAUUCAAUUUGUUACUCUCCUGAUAGUACUACAUUAGCAUCUGGUAGUGAAGAUAGGUCUAUCCGUUUAUGGGAUGUUAAGACAGGAUAAUAAAAAGCCAAAUUAGAUGGUCAUUCAAGUUUGGUUUAUUCAGUUAACUUCUCUCCUGAUAGCAUUACGUUAGUAUCUGGUAGUGAUGAUAAAUCUAUCCGAUUAUGGGAUAUUAAGGCAGGAUAAAAAAUUUUACCUUUAGAUAUUCGUUACAAAGAUAUUCUAUCAUAGUUUUAGCAAUGUAUUUAUUUUUGUUAUCCUUUUAGCUAUCUCUAAUAUUACUAUUCUUCGAAUUUCCUAGAAUCCCAUUUUUCAAGCUCAAUCAGCCUUAAUCUUGAAAGGAGAAUUUCGAAAUUAUUAAGGCUUAGAUCUAAGACCAUUAUUCAAAUCAAAAGGAAGUUACAUUUUAGAAGACUGUGUUUGA